AUGGACGACACCGUCUCUACUACCAUGCCUGACUGUUCUCGCAAGACUGAGUCGAACGCCUGCACUCGUGGCCUCGACAAUUGCUUUUCUCUCGCCGCCGAUGGCUCCACUGACGUUAUGCUUGCUAGUGCAACGCAGCCGGGAUCAUUCUCAGCACCGACCCAAUGUAGUGGAAGCACUGGACGAGAUACAAUCGCCGGUGGGGGAAAUGGAGGGAGUGGUCCUGAUGACUUCUUCCUGUCCCUGUUAGCUAAGUCACAGUCCCGCCGAAUGGAUGAACAGCGCUGCUCGCUUGAUCUGGUUCAGGCACGACUGACCUCUACAGUCUCAUCCAACGCUAGCUCCUCUUCAGUUCGACCGCAUGAUCAUUCCUUCGGCUCUACCUCGGUACCAUCACCACCUACGACGGCUACAUCUUUGGCGUCACCGCCCGAACAAUCGGCACAACUGCCACGAUCGGCCGUUGAUGAGCCAAAUGCGCUUUCUGCGACAUCUUCUUUGUUAGUUGGUGCUCAACAAUCGGCUUGGCUCCGUACUGGCUUGCGGAAUUCGGAGCGGCGUGAAGGCGCCUGCGCUUCAGCAAGUCAGCUAGUGCUGCAGCAAGACCCACUUCAGCAACGACGGCAACAAGAACAGGAGAUGCUUGAAUCAAGAGAGGCGGCCCAAGAUGAAUUAUUCGACUUGAUUGCCGGAGCUCAGGUAGGCCACACAUUUAUGGACUAUUGCGUUACAUAUUUUUGGUCAUUAGGUCCUCAUCAUAAGUAG